AUGGCUGGUAUAGAGAAGCCCACAAGGUAUAAAAAAUAUCUUUUCAAACUAUUAUGUUUCAUUCAUUUUCUCUUUUAAUGAUUAUUUGAAUAAUAACCGUGGACUUUUUUUAUUAAAGAGCAAGAAAGGAUACUGAUAUAUCUAGAAUGAAGGCUGAUGAAGAACAAGUGAAAGAAGUGAUCAAGGUAAUCAAUGAGAUGAUCAACCCUUUUGAAAAUGAUCCACAAGAGGAAGGUCUCGUCAGCUUGUCCAGUGGCGUUACUGCCCCAGAUGAUGUGGUCUCAGAUUUGUCAAGUGCUUUUGACAAAGGAAAUGGAGCAUUUACACAGUUGGUUUCAAAUAAAUUGCUGGUCGAAGAACCUGAUAUAUUUUCAACGAUUCCAAAAAUGAAACUAAAAACAUUUGAUGCAUUGAACCAUAAGCAGCCCAAAACGGCGUGUAGAAUGCACCAAUAAUGCUUCCAAAUAUCAAUUUGCAUUAAGCUCGCCCCAUUCCUUUGUCAUUUGUCGCGCGCCGCAAGCACUCAAUUUGAAAAGCAGUGUUGAUAUAUAUAGAUUAUACCUAAGGUUGGCAACUAUAUCUCAACUGACAAAUAUACGACUUCGGCAAAACGCAAAAUACUUCGCACACGUUAAUAAAACAUGAUAAAAAAUUAUACCAUAUUGAACUCUGAUAUUUUUUCUACAUACCCGCAUAUAAAUUUUGUUUUCAAGACUGCAAGAAAGAUGAAAAAUUUGCACAAACGUUUUAUGGUCUGAUGAAAAUUUUGUUGUACCUAUGCGGGAUGCUAGAGGUUAUUUCAUUCGUCAUAUUUUCAAAAAAAUUAUGCGAUUCAAUUGGUUGAAAAAAUAAACAGUUUGUGACGUAUUUAUAGUAAAAAUUUGGUUUCAGGGGGGUUGAACUACAACAGGAAGACUGCUAAAAUACAAGAGCGAUUUUUUUUCGAAGAUGAAAUGGUGGAUUUUAAAAACUUUUUACAUCCAUCCAUAACUUUUAUCUACAUCAAAACAACCAGGCAACUUUUGGCUACAUGUACACGAAAUGUCAUAAAAUUCUGAGCAAUAAUGGCGAAGAAAAUGUGCUAACAAGACAUAGCGAUAUGCGAAACGCUUCGUUGUUAACCUCAGAAAAGUUAUAGGUAUGAAUUUAUUUUAUAGCGUUUUUAAUACUGUAUCUUGGCAUGGAACAAUAGGUUGGAUCAUUUAUUUUUCCCUAGUAAUCAAGUGUUCAGUAUUAAAUAGGUGUUUGUACUGGAUCUCUAGUUAUAAUUUUAAAUAGCUAUAUAGCAAGAAUAUUUCGAAGUGAAUUCUGUAAAACUGUUUUUAUAUUAUAAAACUGUUUUUAUAUCAAAACAAAUUUGCAUUUUGCCCUGUUUUAUUUAUUAUCAGUUUAAAGACAGUAUUCACAGUAAUAGCUAUAUACAGUCACUAGUUUUUGUUAAAAACUAACGUGUACUUUAAUAAAGUUUAAACUAGGUAGAUGUUUAGGCUUUUAUUAUAGAAUACAUAUAAUUUAAACUUUCAGAACUUUGAUACGAGGUUGUUUAUAUAUAUAAAUGCAAAAUUCCAUGCUGGGGUAUAAAAUGAAUACUAGCACUCUUACAAAUUGCAGCCUAUUUUGUGAAAUACACAUUCACUCAGUAUUAAACGGAAAAAUUUAUCCAACCUAUUGAACCAAGUUAAAUUAAAACGCUAUAAAUAAAUUCACCUAUAUAAACUUUGUCGAGCAAGGUUCACAAGUCACAACGAAGCGUUUUCGCAUAUCGCUAUGUCUUGUUAGCACAUUUUCUUCGCCAUUAUUGCUCAGAAUUUCAUGACAUUUCGUGUACAUGUAGCCAAAAGUUGCCUGGUUGUUUUGCUGUAGAUAAAAGUUUUGGAUGGAUGUAAAAAGUUUUUAAAAUCCACCAUUUCAUCUUCGAAAAAAAAUCGCUCUUGUAUUUUAGCAGUCUUCCUGUUGUAGUUCAACUCCCCCUGAAACCAAAUUUUUACUAUAAAUACGUCACAAACUGUUUAUUUUUUCAACCAAUUGAAUCGCAUAAUUUUUUUGAAAAUAUGACGAAUGAAAUAACCUCUAGCAUCCCGCAUAGGUACAACAAAAUUUUCAUCAGACCAUGAAACGUUUGUGCAAAUUUUUCAUCUUUCUUGCAGUCUUGAAAACAAAAUUUAUAUGCGGGUAUGUAGAAAAAAUAUCAGAGUUCAAUAUGGUAUAAUUUUUUAUCAUGUUUUAUUUACGUGUGCGAAGUAUUUUGCGUUUUGCCGAAGUCGUAUAUUCGUCAGUUGAGAUAUAGUUGCCAACCUUAGGUAUAAUCUAUAUAUAUCAACACUGCUUUUCAAAUUGAGUGCUUGCGGCGCGCGACAAAUGACAAAGGAAUGGGGCGAGCUUAAUGCAAAUUGACAUUUGGAAGCAUUAUUGGUGCAUUCUACACGCCGUUUUGGGCUGCUUAUGAUUGAACAAGCCUGUAUCACGAAUGACUUCGAAAGGUCAAGUUGUUUCUUUGAGGACUGACAGAAAUACUUUUGCCAGGCUAUUCGUGAUUGGCCAGAAAAGAUCAAUCGAUGUGCAACAAAUGCUUUCCUUUUGCCUUGGCCCUUACCCUCUAUCAUUAGCAACCGUUACUGGAGGUAUUUGCAAAACGACUAAGGCAAGGUUACUUCAAUCAUUCCAAUCUGAAUUCCCUGAUUGCAUUGUUGAUAAUUUUCCUGAUGCCAGUUGCGUUCUUAUUGAUGUAAUGGCGGUUUUUCAAUCCACAAUCCUCGUGCCCGAAACCUACGGAGAACUUGCUGAAGAUAUUCUUGUUAGAGUACUAGCUGUAGGCCGCAAGUUCAAGGCGUCCCGUGUGGACUUUGUGAGUGAUCGUUAUCCAGCACAAAGCAUAAAAAAUGCAGAGAGAGAAAAGAGAGCGACUCAGGGCGAAUGCAGCGUUCGUAUUUAUGCAAAAGAUCAGAAAGUUUUCAAACCUUGGAAGAAAUUCCUAUCAAACGGCAAGAAUAAAGAAAAUCUGGUUUCGUUUAUGCUGGAUACAUGCUCGAACAUGGAGGGGCGCCAUUUGGGUGAACUUGAACUAUUCGUCACAUCUGGAUCCAACUGCACAAAGUUGUCGAGUACAGCUGAAAUUCUACACCAUGAUAUGGUCAUCGAAUUAUCAGACUGUGAUCAUGAAGAAGCUGACACGAGGCUGAUGCUCCAUGCGGCACAUGCAGCAAAUUGCGGUCACCAAACCAUUAUUAUCAAGUCGCCAGACACGGAUGUGUCUCUUCCAGGCACAUCAUUGUUUCUUUACACUGUCUCUGGUGAACACAGUAGAAUAUUAUCGCUUGAUGUAAUUUCAUCUUCAAUACCGCCCGAGCUUAGUUCUGCUUUACCUGGACUCCAUGCAUUCACUGGUAGGUAUAUUCAUUGCAAUUUUACUCAACCCUUUCGUUGCCUUCAAUAUUUUACACUGUACAGUAAUAUAUUACUUCAUUUAGGUUGCGACUAUACCAGUUCGUUUUUGGAAGGGGAAAGCGAAGGCCCUUAAACUAGCUCGAUCAAAUGAACAUUUUCUGCAGGCGUUUUCAGAGUUGGGAUCCACGGAAGAGGCUGAUCAUAAAGCUGUCACCACACUUGACAAGUUUACGUGUUCUCUCUUUGGUGAUUCGAAAGCUCAGAGCGUGAAUGACGCGCGUUAUAACCUAUUCACACAGGGAAAAUUUGGUGAAGAUUGUUUGCCUCCCAAUAAAGAUGCCCUUGCUUUGCAUAUCGACCGCUGUAACUACGUCUCAUUCGUCUGGAGCCGUUGUCUGAAUCAAGAGAUUGGAGCUCCUGACUUUAGCUAGGAAUCUUGGUUGGGAAGUGGACGAAAGUGGCAAAGUUAGCGUGAAAUGGUUAUCUGGUCUACCCGCGAUGGACAACAUUCUGGAAUCCUCCAGCUGCAAGUACAAAACCGGUUGUAAGACUAAACGAUGUGGUUGCAAGAAAGAAGACUUGGAAUGCACAGAGCUAUGCUUCUGCAGUGAUUGCCAAAAUCAGAAAUAUUCCAAUGCCAAUGAAGAUGACGAUGAUUUUUACCAGGAGGACUUUGAAAUGGACGAUAUUGACAUCGAAUGA